UAAAGUAAUUGUUAUUUUAUUAUAACCAACCAUGAGUGGAAGAGGUAAAACCGGUGGUAAGGCGAGAGCGAAGGCCAAGAGUCGCUCAUCCAGAGCAGUGCUGCAGUUCCCCGUCGGUUGUGUUCACAGGCUUCUCCACAAAGGUAACUACGCACAGCGCAUCGGUGCCGGAGCUCCCGUUUAUCUGGCGGCUGUACUCGAGUAUCUUACCGCAGAGAUCCUGGAGUUGGCUGGAAACGCCGCCAGAGACAACAAGACCCGCAUCAUUCCCCGUCACCUGCAGCUGGCGGUGCGCAAUGAUGAGGAGCUGAACAAACGCCUGGGCCGAGUGACCAUCGCUCAGGGCGGCGUGCUGCCCAACAUCCAGGCCGUGCUGCUGCUACAAACACCACCGCGGAGAGAAAUAAAUAUAAAGAUUUAUGAUUCUGGUGAUCUGAAACCAAAGCCUGAACUCACGUCAGAUGCUGCAGGAGCUGCACUGACAGGAAACACAGUGACUUUGUCCUUUAAACUCAUUUGA